CAAGAUCAGGCUGCUCCCUGAUGACAGAGGGAAGUCCCUCGGAAGAAACUGUGUGGCCCAAAGGAACACCCGGACUCCUAUUUGUGUGCUCACUUGUGAGUUGAGAAAUCUCGAUGACCCAAGGAAGGAUUUUCUUGCAAAACAGUGUCCUCAAAACACAAUUGUUUAUUGGCACGUCUCCCUCUCUGUGUGAGUAAGGGAUCUUUUCGCGGAGUGGCUGAGCGGUGUCAGAACAAACAAUCCUCCGGCCCCGAAGCUACUCGCCAGCACUGUUUUGCCCUCCGCCCCCCGCGCCCCCCGCAGCCCCUCCUGAGGGUGGGAGAGCUGGUCGCCCAGGCUGAAGUGUCCAGCACGCCGUGGACACGCCACCCUGCCCCCUGGGGUGCCUCGUCAUGCCACGGGCAAAAAAAGGAAAGAGAAAGGGUAGGCUGGCCUGGGUGAAGUCAUCCCAGGAAAGGUUAAUAGCUGGGUGGUGACAACUCCUCACACGACUGGAGGCAAAAUGCUGGGCAGCUGGGCUGUGCCUGCUCCCCGCCGCCUGUCACGGUCCUGGGAGUAAGAGGUGACCUAGUUAUUUUUAGAAGGAGACCGUGCUAAUAACCCGGCUCCGCGCUUCAUUCAAGGCAGGCGGUCGCUUCGGGAAUUUGUAAACACCGACUUUCUGAGUGAGGGAGGAGCGCUUUUCUCCAGAGAGGAAAGAAAAACCACUGAGGUUUUCCCCUCCUCAUGGUCAUCCCUUAGGGUGGAGAAGAAACUCUUGUAGCACGAAAAGUGUUGCAGCCUUUUCCACUUGCUGCGUAUUGUUUUUGAAGGGCAGACAUGCCUGAAGGCGAGGACUUUGGACCAGGCAAAAGCUGGGAAGUUAUCAAUUCCAAACCAGACGACAGACCCGGGCUCAGCCACUGUAUCGCAGAAUCAUGGAUGAAUUUCAGCAUAUUUCUUCAAGAAAUGUCUGUUUUUAAACAGCAAAGCCCUGGCAAGUUUUGUCUCCUGGUCUGCAGUGUGUGCACAUUUUUCACAAUCUUGGGAAGUUACAUUCCUGGGGUUAUACUCAGCUAUCUACUGUUAUUGUGUGCAUUUUUGUGUCCACUGCUUAAGUGUAAUGAUAUUGGACAAAAAAUAUACAGCAAAAUCAAGUCAUUUCUCCUGAAACUAGAUUUUGGAAUCAGAGAAUACAUUAACCAGAAGAGACGUGAGAGAUCUGAAGCAGAUAAAGAAAAAAGUCACAAAGAUGACAGUGAAUUAGACUUUUCAGCUCUUUGCCCUAAGAUUAGCCUCACUGUUGCCGCCAAGGAGUUGUCUGUGUCUGACACGGACGUGUCCGAGGUCUCCUGGACUGACAACGGGACCUUCAACCUUUCAGAAGGAUACACUCCACAGACAGACACUUCUGAUGAUCUUGACCGACCUAGUGAGGAAGUUUUCUCUCGAGACCUUUCAGAUUUUCCAUCUCUAGAAAAUGGCAUGGGAACAAAUGAUGAGGAUGAAUUAAGCCUUGGCUUGCCCACUGAGCUCAAGAGAAAAAAGGAACAGUUGGACAGCGGUCCCAGACCAAGCAAAGAGAGGCACUCAGCCGCUGGUCUCACCCUUCCUCUGAGCAGUGACCAAACCUUCCACUUGAUGAGCAACCUGGCCGGGAAUGUCAUCACCGCUGCAGUGACGGCCGCCAUCAAAGACCAGUUAGAGGGCGCGCAGCAAGUGCUGACGCAGGCUGCACCCAGCCUGGGGGAGGACACAGACACUGAGGAAGGGGAUGACUUUGAACUCCUUGACCAGUCAGAGCUCGAUCAGAUUGAGAGUGAACUGGGACUUUCACAAGACCAGGAAGCGGAAACACAGCAAAAUAAGAAGUCUUCAGGCUUCCUUUCAAAUCUACUCGGAGGCCAUUAGUCUGGGAAUCAGCUUGUAUCACAGAGCACAGAUAAACUACCAAAAAAUUUCAAACAAGCAAAAAAAAGAAAAAAGACAAAAAAAAGAAAAAAAAUCUUUUUGAACUGUGAGCUUUACUGAUUACUUUAGAAUUUUUUGGUCUCCCCCCCCCCUUCUGCAGUGAAUUAAUUGGAUAUAUAUCAGCUGACACGGAUAGAUUGAUAUUUCUGAUAGUUAUUUUUAUGUAAGGAGCAUGGAAAUGAACUUUAUAUAUGUGUGUGUAUAUAUAUGUACUUACUGUGUUGUCAGAGUUGAAUGAUAGAGGUUGUUUUUAAAGCAAAAAGAAAACACCUAAUUAUUGAGAUCCUCCCAUAAGUAUUCCUUAUUUUUUCUUCACAGUUUUUCAAGCAUGCAAAAACAGUUUAUUGUAACUCAUUGAAAUAUUAACAAUUAAUUGCGAAUACAUGCUAUAUCGGCUCCUUUGUUCCUAAUACCAGAGAAAAAUUGUGGUAGAUUUUGACGUAAAAAGACAAAAAUUAUCAUCAAGUUCUCUUUGGCUGAAAGAUUUGGAAGAUACUCUUAAAUUUAAUUUGCUAGGAAAACAUUUAAAAGUAUAUCUAACUCCUUUGGGUAGGCGGAUACAUUUCCAUGUCAUUUCUGCAGUUAUAGACUUUGAGCUUCCGUGUCAAUGGCAUGCUCCAUUGACUGCCAGCUCUCGUCUUGCAGUGGGUGAUAUUAACCCAUAGAAGGCAAGUAAUUCUAUCUCACGUAGACGGAAGUUUUGGUAUAAACAGAGAUGGGGCCGUGCUGUUCAGUUGUCAUCUAUUUGUAAUAGGGAUGUUGUGAGUACCUGCCUAGAACUAGGUUCAACCCUCACCUUUCAUAUUAUGGGAAAAUGUCUCUUAAAGUUGUGAAACUAGUUCCUGGUAUGUUCUAUGAGUGUCAUCAGCAGUAGAGAAACAGUAACUGUUUUCAUAGUCUGUAUCCAUUCUCCUGCAGGGGAGCAACUUGCCUGGCUUUCAGGUGCAUUUCUUUGCCAUUGAAAUCUAAAUCUGUCAUCUGUUUCUUCUGAGGAAGCUAGAACUUAUUUUUCCUUUAUGUUAAACUUUCUUGGUCACUUUUAAAUAACCAAAUUUGACUUAGGUUUUGAACAAAAGACUAAAGAGCAGAAAUCAAACUAAUUUUUGUGUUUGUGAUAGAAACUUUUAAUAGCCUUGAGGGACCAUGUCAGCCACUACCAACCAUCCCUUCAAUCUUCAGGUACAGCUGGCAUUUUGACAGAGGCAUGCUGACAUCUGAGACCCUCAGAAAGGAAGGAUAAUCCAAGAACAUAGGAAUCUGUGACCCCUCCCUUUACUUUAUCCCUUUCCUUAACUGUCUAAAGACUAGUCAGAUGGGUCGUCUGACAUUUUAAUGUAGCAUCUCAUAUUUAUUUUUUCUUUCUGAGGUAUUAAAACAUCUAGACUGAAUUUUGCCAAAUGUUAAAGGGAGAGAAGUUACUGAAGGCUCUGCAUACUUGCUUUUUGUGAUUGACGAUGCUUCUGUGUCAUUAGUGCCUCAUGACUGUGUUUGAUGUCCUUUAUUGAUAUGAAGUGAGUCUGUGCCUUCAUCAUCUUGCCCAUUUUGGUACAAAUGAAAAACCUGGUGUUAGAUCUAUGAACUGUAUGGGUUCGGGAGGAACAUACCUGAAUUCUAUUCAGUAAGAGUUUCUGGACAUGAAGAAAAAAUACAGUCACAUAUUU